AUGCCGAUUGGGGACCUCCUCGCCCAGAUUACUGGGCAGCCAAGCCCAACAACGACCGCCUUUGAGCCUUCCUCAAAGCGCAAAGCCGAGGAUGAUCACCGGAGACCAGUGGACAAGGCGCCAAAGGCAACCACACAAGCAGCCAGCUCGUCGAGACCGAUCAGUGAUCCACGAAAGCCAUCAGAGUCAAAUCUGAAGACUAGGCCGCCUGCGACUGGUAAUGGUCUUAGUUCCGCCACAACAUUCAAGAAUGGGCAGCCUACCCCACCUCCGUCAAGCGAUGCCCCGAAACAACCUAAGAAGGGGUCCUACGCAGAGAUUAUGGCUCGAGGUCAGGCAGCACAAAAGGUCCUGGGACAAGUGGGGAAGAUUCAGCACAAGAAGAUUGAGAAGCUACCCAGCAGACGAGAGAGGAUGGAACUGAAGGCUCAGCGGGCAGCCAAGAUCCAGAAGGGGCUUGCUCCAAACAGCAAAUUCCAAAAGCUGGGGCAGGCUUCUCUUCGUGACGGAAAGAAUGGCGUGAAGGAGAAUGGGAAGGUUGCUGCAGAGCCCGUGCCUGACAAGAAGGUCAAAAAAGCGGCGUUGGCAACUACGGGGUACGCUGGAACUGCCCGUCCGCAUGCGGGGGGCUCCAAAGGUCCUUCGAGAUCUAAUGCUUCUUCUUCUUUGAGACGUCCCGAUAGAUAUGAUGAUAGACGGAGUUCAGCAUCCCGACGCUAUACAUAUGCCAGUGAAGACGAGGAAGAGGAAGAGGAGCAGGAUUAUGAAUCUGAUGUCUCGUCUGAUAUGGAAGCUGCAGCGUUCGAAGUAGAUGAGGAAGAGGAGUUGGCAGCCAAGAUCGCAAGGCAGGAAGAUGCAGAGGCAUUAGCGGAGGAGAAUAGGCUGAAGCGGGAGAAAGAGGAGAAGAAGCGGAAACUGCUGGCUAUGGCUAAGAAGGCGAAGCCAACGCGUUAUUAG